AACGCAGCGUUUCAACUUUCCCAAACACACAGGCACAGGCUCUCCGAGAACGAGAGCGAUACAGAAGAAAGGAGAGGGGCUUGAGGUCUAGCUCUAAUGGCGGGAAAACCCCAACCGGUUCGCGUUCUGUACUGCGCCGUCUGCAGUUUACCGGCCGAGUACUGUGAAUUCGGACCCGAUUUCGAGAAAUGCAAGCCCUGGUUGAUCCAAAACGCCCCGGAGCUUUACCCCGAUCUCGUCAAAGAUGCUACUGCCAAAGAAGCUGAUAGAGUAGCCGAUCAGUUGAACGCCACCGGUAUCUCCUUCGGGACCGGCGACGGCGCUACUGCUUCUUCAGCACCUAAAGAAGAGGUAAAGCGUCUGCCGGGUGGGAAGGUUAAGAAAAAGGAGAAGCUGGAAGUUAUUGUUGAGAAGGUUACACGAAAUAAGAGAAAAUGUAUCACAACUGUCAAAGGGCUGGAGCUUUUUGGAGUCAAACUGAGUGAUGCUUCGAAGAAGUUAGGGAAGAAAUUUGCCACUGGAGCUUCUGUUGUUAAGGGGCCAACCGAGAAAGACCAAAUUGAUGUUCAAGGGGAUAUAUUUUACGACAUUGUGGACUUCAUUACCGCGACCUGGCCUGAUGUCCCAGUAUCUGCAAUUUUCUUUAUUGAAGAUGGCAGAAAGGUCCCAGCUGUUUAAAUGAUAUCAUGGCACACAAAUAAGUUGGAGCAUGGUAUCUUCUUCCUGUUGGCGAGUUUUAACCAGACAGUGUUGUCUCAAAGCAAAGAGCAGCCUGACACUCUUAGACUCCUAGCCGGUGGAGUUUUGCCCCUCGCGAGUGUUGUAUCUUGGUUGAAAGGACAGUUUCUUUUUGAGGUUUUCAGGAUCUAUAAUUUGUGUUGUAGACUUGUAGUGGGGCAAUUUUGUGUGCCAGUUACUCAAUUUGUGGGUCACUUUACCUAGCAAUGAAUUAAAACACAUAGUUUAUCUU